AUGGCGACACCUUCAGCAAUUCCCACAAACUCAAAACGCGACACCACUGCCCAGUUUCACAGAGUCACGAGAGGAAACCGGAGCCUCUGGUACCAGCUGACUGUCCUGCAACAACCAGAGCGAGCCCGAGCAUGCGGUUCUGGCAUGAAAGCUAAUAGCGAUCGCCGACCCGUUGACCCUCCGCCUGUUGUCGAGCUACGAAUUGUUGAAGGCCCCACUCUUGAAGAGGGCAAGGAUGUAACCUUUGAUUAUAACGCCAACUUCUUUCUCUAUGCCAGUCUCGAGCAUGCUCGCCCGAUAGCCUCUUGCCGUGUUUCAACGCCCACCACCAACAACCCGCCUAUUCUUACCGGUGUUCCCGCCUCAGGCAUGGCCUAUCUUGACCGUCCAUCCGAAGCCGGCUACUUUAUCUUCCCUGAUCUUUCUGUGCGCCAUGAGGGCCUCUACCGCCUGACUUUCAGCUUAUUCGAGACUACCAAGGAGGAGCAGGAUUUCGAUAUUCAGCCUGCCGAUGGCGAUCUUCCACCUGGCGUGGACUUCCGAAUGGAGAUUAAGACCGAUCCAUUCUCAGUUUUCAGCGCAAAGAAGUUCCCCGGUCUCAUGGAGAGCACACAGCUCAGCAAGACAGUCGCUGACCAGGGCUGCCGAGUCCGAAUUCGUCGUGAUGUUCGCAUGAGGAAGCGCGACACCAAGUCGGGUGGCAACAACAACAACAACAACAACAACAACAAUAACGCUGGAAACAACGCCUUUGAGCGUCGUGAGGAAGAUUUCGGUCGUAGAAGGACUGUUACCCCUGCCGCAGAGGACCCCCAUGGAAUCAGGAAUCGAUCUCAAAGCAACUCGAGCGAACACCGAGCUUCCUACUCUGACGCCUCUCGCCGACCUUCGAUGGUGGACUCGUACCCUCCUCCACCUCCGCCUCCUCCAUCUUACGACCCGGCUCCUUCAGCUCCGCGUCACCUUGCUUUUGGCGAGUCAUCUGGUCCCAAAUACCCGGCACCUCGACAAUAUGCCCACCAGCCUGGUCUGCAAAUAACGCCUGUCCCCGCCAACGGCCCGUACCCCUCGGCUGCCCAGUCGCCAUACGCCAAGACCGAUGCGCCCUAUGGCUACAGCCGUCACCUCCCACCAUCAUGUCCUUCGCCCGCCCCGUCUGUCAACCGCGAUUUAUAUGACCGUAGACAGUCCACCAGCACCUACGUUCCACCCUCACCUUCAGUCUACUCCACGGAGGGCCACUACCGUCGAGACUCGCAAGCGUCAUACCCUCCCACGCCGGCUGCUGCUCCUCUUCCUCGCAUGAACACCGAGCCAUCUCGCGGAUCUAUCAAGAUUUCUGCUCUAGUCGAGCCCAUGCCAGUCAUUGAACCUCAGGUCGACCCUCUCCCUGAACUUCCCCCCGUCAAUGUUGGCGGUAAGCGCAAACACGAGAGCGUCUUUGCCCAAAACACCAGGCCACUUUUCAAUGGUCAAAGACAAAUGGACCCUCACUACGGCCGGUCUCACCGUGGUUACAGCCCCGACCACGACCAAGGCUCUUACUCUCGAGCUGAUGGUCAGAUCAGUGUUAUCCAAUUCAACAAAUACGAGUAUUAA